AUGUCGAGAAUUUCAUGGUCGUCAUUUGCAAGUAAUAUUUUACCUCUCAUCGGGUAUCAUCACAUUCUGAUGUUUGCGUUGACCAUUGGAAUCAUCCUUUCUGGCGAGAGUCUCGUCCUCGCAGGUUGCACAAACUCGUCUAGCUUUGGGCGAAGCGUAUAUGUUUUGUCCCUGACUUACCAGCACACCGCGGCCCCUCCUACAAGUACGGACCUGUUCCGAAAUAUAUCCGACAUUCUCUCAACUGCUUCGGAGAGUCUGGACGUGACUGUCCGCGUUGGAUAUUUCGGUCUCUGCAUCAAUGACGGCAGCGGCUGGAGAUGUCAUCGAUCCGUCCCUGGACUGGGAACCACUGGAGCACCCAAUGAUCCACUGAUGGUGGUUGAGAUGGGAAGAAGAUAUAAGGAUGAAGUUCUCUUUCCUGGACUCCUAAUCGGAGCCAUGGGGAUAUCCCUUUUGGUGAUUGUAGCAUUAUCGACGUUCCCAGGAUGGCAUGAGGAAACGGAUGAGGAGACGGGGUCAGUAACAGAAGUGAAACCGUUCCCAUCUCGAGCCGUAUCUCAAUGCGCCCUCGCCGCGACGUUCCUCGCUUCAUUUUUCACCCUUAUUUCAGCUAUGUGGCAACAUGUCUCUGCUGCUGCAGCUAUUGCUACCCUCGAGGUCUCCCUGCUUGGUGUGAUUACUGCACAUGUUGGGGCAGUGGCGACAGCGUUUGUGUGGUUACAACUUUUGUUGCUCGUCCUGGUCACACUCGGGCUCUUGGUUAUAAUCGUAUCAUUAGCGAUAUUAAACGAACUAACGAGCGAUUAAAUCGGAGUCCACCAUUUUCAUGAGACACUUGCGUUUG